UCACAUAAUAAUAAUACAUCUUGCCUAUAUUUAUGAAACCUAAUUUUAAAAGAAAGAAUAUCUUACAUAAAAUCAGUUUAUAGUAAUAAAUCAUUCCAAAAGUUUAGCAUUAUGAUAGAAUUAUGGUAAAAUUAAAAAAUAUAUUAUUUCGUUAAAUUAUGGAGAUCUUGGUCCAUAAUUGACACAAUCCUACAUUGAAGGCCCUAUUCCGAAAAUCGCCCUGACAUUCAUUAGAUUAAAUGUUUUAACAAAAACAUGAUUUUGGUGUCCAUACAGAUGAAGCACUCGAUUUAUUUAGCGAAUAUUUAAAUAUUUUCAAAUAUAAGAAUGAAAAUUCGGAACAAGAAGGCAAAGAAAUGCCCACGGAAUAUCAAAAUUCAAAUAGUAAACACCUUAAAGAAGAGAUAAACAUAUUGCUUUUUGGGGCAAAUGAUCCACGACAUGUAAUUAAGACAAUGGCUAAAAUAUACACCCACAAGCUGCAAGGAAUGGCGACAAAUUUAAAUUUCUACAUUGUAGAUGGCUGCAUCGAGGUAGUGGCACGAAAUAUGGCCUUAAUAGGUAUAGCAUUGGAAAGCCCUGAAAUUUUAAAUCUUCGAACUAAAGUGCAUUUAUUUAUGGAUAUAUACGGAAAUGCGUUAGUGCGGGCUUCAUCUUAUCAUUACUUGGAGGUUAAGACCAAGUCCUUGCUCAACGCAGUCACCGAUGAAGCUUAUUUGCAUAAACUGACACCAAUGUUUAAUAUCGAUCAUAUGAAAUAUCGGGAACGUGAUGGCUUAGAAACCUCUUUCAGUUUUUGGCUAUCAAAGCAAAACCAUAUUUUUAAAAUCGAAGAAUACUGGAAUAGUCGAUUAAAAAAUUUAAUGGGAGUGCGUUAUGACUACAGAGAAGGGCAAUUUGACUGGGAUCUUAAUAUGGUUUUAAAAGAACGUAAAGGGAAGCAAAUAUGUUCGCAGGAAUAUCGUUAUUGGCGUGAAACUGGAAUUGCUUUCACAUUUCCGGAGUAUGAAUACAGUAAACCGAAUAAAACAUUAUCAGCUGGAUUAGUUCGCAAUGGUAAUCAAUUUAUUCAUCGUGGAUAUAUUGGCGAUAUUCAAACCGGGCCUUUUGCAGCAUUUGGUUUAAGCACAAAUGAUGAACGAAUGAAUAAAUCCGUACAUGGAGAAAAUGACUAUCGAUCAACGGAUAUUACCGAACGAAACCUGCUCGAGUUAUUUCAUGAGUUAGCAACGCAGACAUUAUACAAACACGAUGUAGCUCUGUCGCGCAAAUAUGGUGCAAUACGACUUAAAAUGGCUAAUCGCUUGAUACAUAAUGAGUUUGAUACAGAAGAUAUAAAGGAUUAUAAUAAACCUUGGAUAUAUAUUGAUCGAGUUAAGAUACAUUUUUUAUCGUCAGAUGAUAUUUUAGCACUACAACAAAACGUAUCCGGCCAAUGGUCAAAGUUUUUCGACAUAGCCUUUGUAGGGCACAAUUAUUUUACAUUUCUUCAAGAUAACUUUGUUAAUGUUUUAACUCCACAAUCCCUUUUAAUAAUGGAGACUAAAUUAUUGUCGACAUCACGAAAGGAGGUUAUAAAUGACUUCGAAGAGAAACUUUUUGAUUUUGCCAAACGAAACCAUUUUCAAGAUGUCAUUAAUUACAAAGCUGUUAAUAUGAAGAAUUCAUUUUUAAAAUUCAAACGUACUUUCAAUUUAACUCAAUAAAGGAAUUUACUUAAAA